ACUCAAAAGCUCGAGCUAAACCUGGAGAUUUACAAGGCCUGAAGCCUUGCACCGCGGAGACACUGUGUUUAACAGAGGUCGGAUGAUAGAAAAAUCGAAUGAAUGCAAUGUAAUAAUAACUAUUGUGAUUUUGAUUAGAGAAUAGUCCAAAAGGCGGGUAGUUCGUUUCGCGUAAUGCGUCUAAAGUGUGUGUAGGGAUUAAUUAUUCACUACGAAACACAUGCACAGUAGUUCGGUUAGACUCUCCGCUGCAAGUGACUCGGAAGGGUACAAAAUGGGUGCUAUUUCUGUUAUAAUUUUACUCUUUUUCGUUUCUUUUGGCUGUUGUACUCCGGAAAUACCAAGGCAGUAUGCGCGCCGAUCGUACAUGCAUAUGAUCUCAGGCAAGCGUUUCGGGAUACCAUUUGGUCUGCCUGGUCUCUACGGUGGAUUCGGUCCCGCCUUUCCAUUUGCCGGUUACUCCCCGGGCAACUUUCCCGAGUAUGGCCCGGACGGGUACGGCUGGGGAGACGACUACGGCGCAGAUGGCGGGGGGGCGGGGCCUGGAGGAUACGGCGGAUAUGGAGCGUGGGGUGGCGGUCAUGAGGUAGGGGGAUGGGCCCACCACGAAGGUUUUGGCGGAUUUGGACCAGGAUGGAACCAAGGAGGGUGUGGCGGGUGUGACUGUGACGAGGGAUGCUGUGGCGGCGGGUUUGAUCCCGCAUCUGACUGGGUCAUGUUCGGUGAAAAGCCAGCGGAUGCCCCAUCUAAAGCUGGUGGUCCUAUGAAGCCUAGCGGCGCGGGUCUAAUGAAACCUGCUGCACCAGGUCUGAUAAAAGCCGACAAGCCUGCUCCCCUGAAAGCUCAGUCAACAGUAGGAAAGCAAUGGCUUCAAGCGGAACAAAAACUUGCAGCGCUCAAGCAGAAAGGAGUUGGAAAGAUUGUGAAUGACCCUUUAGUGUCUCAGGCUAACGAGAAUAAAGUCAGUGACGCAGCGGGAAUGUCUGCAAGACUUGAAGAGAAGCAAGCAACGGAGAGUAGCCAGCCCUCGAGCCUGGCUCAACAGACUCCUCAAGCAGCCAAACAGGCUCAACCGGUUCAACAAGAUCAAGGUAACACGGCUCAGCAGAAUCAGGCAAUCCAAACGAAUCAUGAAAAACAAGUUCAGCUUACUGCACAGGAUCAAAACAAACAGGCUCAACCGGUUACACAGGAUCAAAACAAACAGGCUCAACCGGUUACACAGGAUCAAAACAAACAGGCUCAACCGGUUACACAGGAUCAAAACAAACAGGCUCAACCUGUUACACAGGAUCAAAACAAGCAGCCCCAUCACGCAGACUCUGGUAUGCCAAAACACGAAAUUCUCCGAAGGUCACAAAAUUAAAACAGUCAAGCAUUUGCAUCUAGCGUCAGUUCUCUUGAUAGAAAAAUUAAAGGACUGAAGCAAGACAAGACUGAAUCACUAUUCUAAAACACCAAGCGUCGUCACUAAUCACACUGAAUCAGUUAUUAGUUUCUUAUGAAUUAAGUAAAUUCACCAAGGUUGUGAUAUUAAAGGCCGAUCCUAGGCAAGUCAGCGGCUUUAUUUCUUACUAUGCCUAAACCGUGUAAAACACAAAUAACCACCCAAAGUUAGCACCUUUGUAUUGUCAUAUAUUAUGUAUUAGCAUUUGCUGGCGACCAUCCUGACUUUCGAGCUUAUAGCUGUAUGAAAUAAAAGCCCUUAAUACUUUUCGUAAAA